AUGUCGGGGGCGCCAUGCUGGCCUUUGGUUUCACUGGUGCCAAGAGGAAUAUUUUUGAUCCGCCCAUCUUCGCUCAACAUGGCUUGCAUCGGUAUCGACCUCGGCACGACGCAUGCGUGCGUCGGCGUCCACUUCAACGGCAAGGUCUCCAUCAUCGCCAACGACCAAGGCUUCCGCACCACGCCCUGCGUCGUCGCCUUUGAGACCGAGGACGUGGUCGUCGGCGACUCGGCCGUCGCCAAGCUCCACAACAACGCGGCCAACACGGUCUACCACCUGAAGCGCGUGCUCGGCAAGAAGCACUCGGACGUCAAGUCGCUCGACUACAUCAAGGGCUGGAGCUUCGACGUCAAGGCCGAUGCCAAGGGCCACGCCGUCGCCGCCGUCACGCACAAGGAGGCGAAGCGCGAGAUCUCGGCGACCGAGUUUGCGUCGCUCGUCCUUGGCAAGCUCAAGGCCCUCGCCGAAGACUACACGGGUGUCCAGGUCAAGAACUGCGUCUUGACGGUGCCCCAGGAGUUCUCGGAGGAGCAGAAGACGCUGAUGAACGAAGCCGCCAAGGCCGCUGGCAUUGACGUCAUGCGCUACAUCAGCGAGCCGAUCGCUGCCGCCAUCGCGUACGGCUUUGAUGAGACCAAGUCGAUCGACACGAAGCUCAUCGUUGUCGUCGACAUUGGCGGUGCCUCGUCGGACAUGUCGCUCCUGAGCGCCGACAAGGGCCUCUUCAACGUCGUGGGCCACGUCGGUGACGACGCGUUGGGCGGCGAAGACUUUACGUACGCCCUCGUCGAGCACUGCGUCAAGACGUUCGAGCGCCAGAAGAAGGUCGACUUGAAGAACAACACGCGCGCCUUGUACCGCAUCAAGCUUGCUUGCGAGCAGGCCAAGAAGUCGCUCUCGACGCAGAGCCAGGUCACGAUCGAAGUCGACUCGCUCGCCGACGGCCAGGAUCUCAUUAUGAUUGGCGACCACGUCCGCAAGAUGAUCACCGACAUUGAGGCGCUCCUGGAGAACGCCAACCUCGACAAGGAGUCGAUCGACCACGUCAUCCUCGCCGGUGGCUCGACGCGCAUCCCCAAGGUCCAGGCCGCCAUCGAGGCCUUCUUUGAUGGCAAGAAGGCGUCGUCGACGAUCGUGCCCGAUGAGGUCAUCGCGUACGGUGCGACCGUCGAGGCUGCGACGCUCUCGGAGACGGCCGAAUGGGACAACCUCCCGUCCGAUCCGCUCAACAUGGUCGAGGCCGUCCCGCUCACGCUCUCGCUCGGCCUUGCCGACGGCUCGGUCUACGAGAUGAUCCAGCGCAACACGGUCCUCCCGGCCACGACGCAGGAGGUCUUCACGACGCACGUCGACAACCAGAAGGCGGUGUACCUCCAGAUCUACGAGGGCCAGCGCUUCAUGGCGCGCGACAACACGCUCCUCGCCAACCUCACCAUCUCGGGCAUCCCGCCCAUGGAGAAGGGGUCGCCGGAGAUCGAAGUCAGCUUCAACGUCACGCGCAAGUCGGUGCUGACGGUCAAGGCCCACCUCCGCAACGCCGAGGGUGCCAAGUCCAAGGCCCUCACCGUCGAGAGCGACUCGAAGCGUGUCGUCAACGUCGAUGCGAUCGUCGCGGCCGCCGAAGCCGCCGCCGACGAGGACGACGCGUUGAUGGCCGAGUUGGAAGAAGCCGCCGAGGCGGCCGAGCUCGCGGCCACGAUCGCGGCGGCCCCCAAGAUGGCGGGCGCCGGCGAAGACAUGGAUUAG